AUAUAGGCCACUAGGUGUCAUCCAUCCAGUCACAGCCACCAGGGGAAGGGUCAACCAGUGCACAUCAAUGCCACAUAUCAGUGCCCAUCUGAGCUGCCUUUCCGUGUCACCCAUCAGUGCCACCUAUCAGUGCCAGUCAGUGCCGCCUAUCAAUGCCAUGUAUCAGUGCUGCCUUGCAGUGCCCAUCAGUGAUGCCUGUCAAUGCCCAUCAGUGCCACCUACCAGUGCCCAUCAGUGCCACCUAUCAGUGUCCAUCAGUGCAGCCUCAUUA